CAGGAUUUGACGUGUCGCUUGUGUUUUUCUGAACUUCCUGCUUCCUCCAUGACUGUUUUGAGCCAGCAGUAGUCCGAAAGCUGAUCGGUAGGAAUCGUUAAACGUGGCAAUGGUGUGAAGGUGCGCGAUCGGCGGCGGUGUGUGAUUGUGAGUAAAGCUCGUGCUGUAAUCGCUGUCAGCCAUGCAGUUCUCUCCCACCAACGGAGAUUUUACCUUCGUCUCCUCGACGGACGCUGAAGAGCUCAGCGGCACCAUCGAUGCACCAGAUAUCACACUAAAUAUGGGCCCUGAGGCCAGCAGGGACACAUACGCCACCACUUUCCUGAGGCAGAGGGGUUAUGGAUGGUUGUUGGAAGUGGAGGAAGAAGAUUCAGAGGACACUAAACCGCUCCUGGAAGAGUUGGACAUUGACUUAAAGGACAUCUACUAUAAGAUCAGGUGUGUGUUGAUGCCCAUGCCAUCACUGGGUUUUAACAGACAGGUGGUGAGGGACAAUCCUGACUUCUGGGGCCCACUGGCUGUCGUCCUGCUGUUCUCCAUGAUCUCCAUCUAUGGACAGUUCAGGGUUGUUUCCUGGAUUAUUACGAUCUGGAUAUUUGGAUCACUGACGAUUUUCCUUCUUGCAAGAGUGCUGGGUGGAGAGGUGUCUUAUGGGCAAGUUCUUGGAGUUAUUGGCUAUUCUUUGCUCCCACUCAUUGUAAUAGCUCCACUUCUUUUGGUCAUUGGGGGCUUUGAAGUCGUCUCUACACUCAUAAAGCUUUUUGGAGUAUUCUGGGCUGCAUACAGUGCUGCUUCUUUACUCGUCGGUGAUGAAUUCAAAACGAAGAAACCCCUUCUCAUAUAUCCCAUCUUCCUUUUGUACAUUUACUUCUUGUCUCUGUAUACUGGAGUCUGAAUUGACCACAGGAUUUGAUUGGCUCAUUGCUUGGACAUUUACAAAGAGCAUUGUGGAGAGGUACACAGCAGAGAUAUUCCAUGAAGACUGAGAAGGAGUUGGCUGUUUCUUUCUUUUUUAUUUUCUUUUACUCUGUUUAUAAUCCUAUAUGCUUUGGGGGAUUGAGGUGUACAGACAUUAGUGUAUUUAACUGCUUCCAUUAAUUUUGUACACAAUAAAAAGCUGCAUCUUUUACUGUGGAAGCCCUGUUUGCAGAGAUCCCUCUGCCACUGAAAUCUGGAGCCCUGGUUUUACCUUAAAAGGAAAAUAAAAAUGAGAACUUUAUAUUGUAAAAGACUAUGUUAAGCAUGAUAGUCACAUAACAGAAUUUAUGUCUCAUCACACGUAAUGGUGAAAACUUGGAUUUUGUUGUUAUUGUUGUACGUUGUCCCAGUACAUUCACAUUCAUCUUAUCAGUUUUUAGUUUUAAUUUAUGAACUCCACAUGGAAAAAGAGAGUAUGCAGGCAAUAUAGCUUGGAUUAAAUAUGUCUGCUAAGUAUGGGUGCCUUGAAUUGGUUGUUUUAUAUGGCUGUGGUGUAUAUUAUUUAUGUAAAUGUAGCCAAAAAGGAAAGACUAGAACACUCAAUUAAAAACAACUUUCUACCUGGUAAUGUGUACACUGCAGACAUAUGUUACCAUAUUAGUUUAGCUGAAACAAUUGAGUCUGGAAAUUGUUAUAAUAUUCAUACACCAUGAAUCAAAUUAAAAAUUAUUGACACUGUAAUUACA